AUGCUGGGAGUCAGAAGUGCAGCCGAGGAGCUUUCUGAGGGAAGGACAAACUCAGUCUGACUGAAGCUGCCGUCAGAGGAAACCUGGAGACAGGGCGACACUUGUCAACAUGAACUGGUCCUACUUGGUGGCUUGUGGACUUUUGGUCACCUUGCUUUCAGAAAGGAUGGGAGCAAAACCUUUAAGUCAAGCGCAGCAGAAGUCUCUUAGAAGUUUGUUGGGUGAAGAGCUGGCGGAGUUUCUGGAGUCGGAGGAGAGGGAGAAGCGGGUGGACGCGGUACGCGCUAGGAUGCGGUUACUGCGGGAUUUACGGAUGGACACCCGGGCCAGAGGGAUGUGGGCUCGUCUCCUUAACGACCAGCCCGCAACUAGGAGGCACAAGUCGGGAAGCAAGAAGGCGGGCUCGUCGUCACGGAGUGGCUGCUUCGGACACAAGAUGGACCGGAUAGGAACCCUCAGCGGGAUGGGAUGCUAAAGAGCGCAGCGAUGAUCUCUGGACGAUGGGUUUGGACGAUGCAAGACGAAUUUGCCGUCCCCUGAAAGAACAGAAAAGAAAUAAAUAAGAGAAAAAAGAUCCAAGUGACAAGAUUUUUGGUACGGAAGUGACCACAACCAGCAUUAAGAGACUGAGAUGACAAUGCUGCAAAGUCCUUGCAAAGAAAGAAAACUAUAUAUAUAUAUAUAUAUAUAUAUAUAUAU